AUGCCGCCCGAACCGCCCAAGAAGGCCAUCGCCUGUGUCCGAUGCAGGCACCGCAAGGUCAGGUGCGAUGGCCUGCUGCCCGCCUGCUCCAACUGCCUCAAGGCUCGUGUGCCCUGCGAGGAGAGCGCCGGCUCCGAGAAGAAGUACAUCCACGAGCUCGAGGCCCGCAUCCGUGAGCUUGAGGCUCGACUCGCGAGCCAGGCCCGUCCAGCGCCGGCAGACGACGCCAGUGCUACCCAAGCUCAUACCCGGCCAGCCACCCCUCGCAUCGGUCCCGAGCAGCCGCUCGCCCAUGAGGUUGGCCUGCUCUCGCUGCAAGCCGCCAGCUCUCCAAAGUAUCUCGGGCCUUCGUCCGGCGUGGCCUUCGCUCGCUUGAUAUUCGCCUCGGCGCCCCACGCCCAGGGACUGUCGACCCGCUUCGCCACCGACCUGCCGCAAUCGCACCUUUCCCAUGUCUCUUCUGCCUCGCAUUUGCCUUCGCUUCCCGAGAUCCACCGCUUCGUUGCUGCCUACUUUGACCAGUUCCAGCACCUGUAUCCCUUCCUGGAUGACGCACUUGUCGACGACCUUGUCGAAAAAUGUCUCGCCCAUCCUUCGCCCGCCACCGAUUCAGACAUGUGCAUGCUUUUCCUCAUCAUUGCCAUCGGCUCCCGUGCCUUGGAGUCACAGCUCGGGGCCGACUUUGCCUCGGCCACCUAUCUCGCCGCCUCCAUCGGCUUUCUAGCCGACAUACCGCUGCAUGAGUCCAUUCAGGCCGUUCAAGUCCUGCUUCUGCUCGUCCUCAGCAGCUUCUGCUUUCCUGGAAGCUUGAAUGCCUGGUUUCUGACCCACGCCAUCCUCGCCAGUUGCUUAGACUUGGGCUUGCAGAGGAAACAGCCUAUCGAAAGGGAUGCUGGCAGGCCGCACCUCAGGUUCGGCGCCACCGUUGCUGCCCACGACACAAGAAGCGGUGUAUUUUGGUCAGCCUACUCGCUCGACCGCACCCUCUGCACCAUCUUGGGUCGCCCGCUCACUCUCAGGGAUGAGGCAAUUGACAUAGAGUUUCCGGGGCAGCAGGGGUCAGACGAGGUCGAUCUCGAUGCCAUCGAGAGUGCUUCCCAAGUUCUACACCUCGUCGAUGAGCACGAUGCCCGUGAGCACCAGCCGAAGCGCAUACGCCGCGAGCAGCCUCCACACGAUGGCUUCUAUGCAGCAAACAUGUCACUUCGAUUCGACCGCAUCGUGGCGGAGGUCAAGUUGAUGAUCCAUCGCGUCGCACAGUCUCCCAAGCGAUUCCCUUGGCCAACUGACUUCGAGAGGUGGCAGAGGGCCGUUCAUGCGUCUUGCAAGGCUCUCUUGGAGCACGCUCGGCAGACAUUGUCGCGGAGAGCGGGCGGCAUUGCCCGUGCCGUGUCAUACCGUUCGAUGCCGUCCAUUGAGCUCAAAUAUCACCAAUGCAUCAUGCUGCUGUACCGUCCCAGCCCAGUAUUCCCCCGGCCUAAGCCCGAGGCACUGGACAUCUGUUUCGACAGCGCCACUGAAACGAUAAGGAUUUACCACGAGCUGCAUCGGUUCGGUCAGAUGAUGAAUUCAUGGCUCACAGGACAUAGCAUCUUUGUCUCGGCCAUUACCAUGCUUUACUGUCUGUGGAUCAGUCCUGCCAUUCGUGCACGAGCGCGAGACACGUUCGGCGAGCAUGCCAAGCGGUGUUCGGAGACACUCGAGGCAUUGGGAAAGACAUGGUCUGUUGCAAAGAACGCGCGAGCUAAGUUUGACCGGUUGGCGGAAGCAACGUCGGAGUCGUGGAAAAGACGCCAAGAGCCAGUAGCUCCUGAGUCUGCAGUUGGACCAGAACAAUCCCGACCGGUCGACACUGAUUGGACAGAGUACAACUUCGAUGGCUCAUUUGAUUCAACCGAUGCAUUUGCCGAUGAGCUGGGCGACAUGAGCGCAUGGUUUGAUCUAGAGUGGUUUGAAACGUACGGUGCGGGCAAUGCGGGAUAG